AUGAACAAUUCAAAUGGCAAACAAAAUGCCAUGAGCACAAACAGCCGAAGCACUCCCCUAAACAGGCCAUCGAAUCAAGCUUCAUCGUCUAUUAGUAUCUCAGAUUCGUAUGCCAAAAACGCCAACCAGUUACUAAAUGCUUACAUCUAUGACUUUUUAGUCAAGAGUAAAUUACCGCAAACUGCAAAAAUAUUUGUCAAUGAAGCUGAAGUUCCAUCAGUGGCUUCACCACCGGGCUCUCAAUCUCACCACCACCACCACCAACAACAACAGCAGCUGCAACAGCCAACUCCAGGAGCAGACUCCUCAACAACCCCUUUCCAGAGACAGCCACUGCAAUCGCCACUGCAGUUAAAAUUCUACAAGGAUCAUGACUUACCAAAGAUGAACUUGGCUAUGGAUUCUCCCCAAAGACCAAAACAGCAAAUCAAACUUGGCAUUGAGGUAUUAUCAAUUACAAUUGUUGAAACAAAGACAACAACAACAAGAGUUGGCAAUGGCUGUCCCUGCAUCAAUGUCNCCAAUUUCCAGCAACAGCAAGCGUUGCAAGCAAUGCAAGCGUUGCAAGCACAACAAGCACAACAAGCACAACAAGCACAACAAGCACAACAUGGACAGCAAGUACAGCCGGCGCCGCUUCAACAAGGGUCUAUCCCACCUUCCCAACCUCAGACAGAGUCCCAGGCGCAUGCUCAGGCACAAAAUCACGCGCAAAUGCAGGCACAAGCGCAAUUUCAGGCACAGGCACAGGCACAGGCACAGGCACAGGCACAGGCACAAGCACAAGCACAGGCACAAGCUCGAGCACGGGCCCAGGCGCAAGCCCAAGCCCAAGUGCAGGGUCCAACACAACCAUCCAACUUGCGUUCUCAGCAGCAAAGCAAUCCACAGCUUGGCUCCAACGCGCAAUUCUCUAGUCAACAGCAACCCCACGGUCAAGUUAUUUCACAACAGAUACAACAUCCAAAUGGACCGCAUAGUGGACCUGUUGGUCCUAAUCGUGCACAACAAAUCCCAUCUCAGCCGCCAUCAGCAACAGCGGCGAGUUUUCCAAACAUGGGACCUACAAACAACCAACAACCUGUCUUUUCAGGGAAUCAACACUUCACACCUCAGCAGCAACAUCAGCAACCACCACCACCACCUCCUCAUCCUCCCGCAACUCAGCGCCAAGCCCCGUUUCCAAAUAUGCCUAAUCCUCAAUUCGGUGGCAGUCCGUCUGUAGAACAGCAAAGAAUGAUGAUGCUAAUGAAACAGCAGACUGCUUCUGCUGCAGCUGCUGCGCAAAGACAGAUUAAUAUGAGCAUGGGAGAUCUCGGACCUGACCAGCAGCAGCAGCAGCAGCAGCAGCAGCAGCAGCACGCCUUGCAAAGGGGCGCUAAUGCCGCAGCCAGUCCUGGAAGCAUGAACUUUCAACAGGAGGCGUUUAUGCAACAACAAAUGAACCAGCAACCGCAGACCCAGGAGCAAAUGAAUUCGUUGCAACAGCAAGCACAAAGUCAAAUGAACACUUUGCGUCAGCAAGCACAGCAGCAGCAACUUCAGGCGAAUCCAGCCAAUGUUAACGGGUCCUCUGUGCAAAACUCUCCUGCAGGUCCAUGGCAGCAACAGCAGCCACAAUUACAAAGACGUGCUUCACGUGGUCAGGGCUCACCAUUCCCCAGUGGCACGGGUCCAGCAGGCAGUGUUGGCAAUCCUAACUUCGUGAAUGCUCCAGCACAAGGUCCUGACAAUGCUAAUGGGCAACCUGUGCGCGGUCCCGGAGGUGCAAGGGGCAGAAAUACUGGCCCCAAUGGGAAACUGGCUCUUGCUAAUGUUAAUAACAAGGCCCCACAGAAUAAUCCACCCAACGGAAGAAACAGUAAUGCAUUGCAGGAUUACCAAAAUCAGCUCAUGCUUUUAGAGAAGCAAAAUAAGAAGCGUUUGGAAAUUGCGAGAAGUAAUGGAUCAGAGUCAAAUAUACUAGCUUCCGGUGGAUUGAUGCUGCAACAACAACAACCACCGCAAUCCCAACAGCAUGAUGCAAUGAGCAGCCAUUCUUCACAAAACCAGUCCCAAUCACUGCAUGCUACACCUGCUUUGCACCAUGCUCCACCGCCUCCUCAGUUCAAUCACAAACCAUCUCCGGCAACGUCCAAUAGUUCACCCUUGAUCAACAACAAACCUCCUCCAGGAACGGCCAACAAAAAGCCAAAGAAGGAGCCUGCAGGAAGAAGAAGCAGGAAGCAAAGUGUUGCUUCGACACAGGCUAGUACUCCAUUUAAUUUGGGAGUUGAAAGUAAACCACCGGCAUCCCUGCAACAACAUCCACAACAACAGUCACAGUCGUCACAACAGCAAGAACCGCCUAACACAUCGCAAAACCCAUCCCAACUUCAAAGACGCGGUUCGUUUACUCCAAGUACGGGUCGGAAAGAUUUCACUCCACUUACACCAGUGAGUGAGCCUGUUACUGACAGCAGGAAGAAACGCAAGAUGAAUACUGUUGCCGAAUCUCCUCACAGCCAAAACUCCACCAACACGCAAACGGAGAAGAGCUCUGACACCAAGUCGCAAAUUCAGUCAACUGGUCCAACAAGGAAGAAGGCUGCCAAAGGAACGCUUAAAUCCGAUGAAAAAGUUGCCAACAAGACUGCAUCAAACAGUACCGACACGACUAAAGCCAUCAAUGAGGAGUCGCUGCAACAACAACAGCUCAGGAACCAUUUUGACGAGUUCCAUGAAGCGUUUGGUGCGUUCUCGGAACCAGCGCAUGCUUCCCUCCAAGAAGAUCAUCUAGGUGCAUCUUCUUCCUCCAACACGGGCCAGAAUUUCUUCAAUGUGGAUUUAUUGUCCGAUACUCAAAACCAGAACCACAGUUCAGCUCACAACAGUACAUCUAGUGGUGGAGUUCCAGGAAUUCCCGACAACAACAACAACAACAACAACAAUAACAAUGUUAUCUCCACCACCACCAUCACCACCACCAACAACAACAACAGUGGCGGUGGUGGUAAUGGUGGUGGAUCUGGUAGUAGCGGGGGGUCCAAUAUCAAUGCAGACUUUUUUGGAGGGACUGCUGGUGCCGGUGUCAAUUCUGCUGCUUUUGAUGACAUUGAGUUCGAUAUCAAUCAGUUGUGGGGAGAUGACAAUGUUGUUGAUCUGGGAUUGAAUGAUGACUUGGGGUUUAAUUGGAAUGUGGAUGCUAUAGAGAAUGGAGAUUAA